AUGAAAAUUCUGAUAACUGGCGGCGGAGGGUUCAUUGGCCAAGCUUUGGCUCGAAAAUUACUUCAAAACCCCGCCAACCGAUUAGUCCUCACUGACAAGAUUGAUUUCGCCCUCCCACCAGGCUUACCAAAUCCAGAGAAUGCAACACUCAUACAGGCAGAUCUACUGGACGAAACAGAUGAGGUAGUGAGAUCUGACCUCGAAGUGGUUUUCAUCCUCCAUGGAAUCAUGUCGUCCGGUGCGGAGGCGAAUUUUGACCUAGGUUUCCAAGUCAAUUUUGAUGCCACACGAAAGCUCUUGGACUCGAUAAGGAACACUGCUCCUGGAAUCCGUGUUAUCUACGCAUCGAGUAUUGCGGUUUAUGGGCGACCAUUUCCCGAAAGAAUCACAGAGGACGUCUUUCUUGCGCCGGAAGGAUCCUAUGGAGUACAGAAAGUCAUGUGCGAAGCUUUAAUCAACGAAUACACGAGACGGGGCUUCAUUAACGGCUUUAGUGUCCGUUUGCCUGGGAUAGUCGUUCGACCUGGCCUGCCCGCACAAGCAGCGAGCAGUUUCCUCAGUGGGAUUAUCAGAGAUCCCCUGGCUGGAAAAAGGUGUCUGGUGCCGACUACGGAUCGCUCAAAGGAAUUCUGGGUUUGCUCUCCGAAGGUGUUGGUCUUGAAUCUUAUCAACGUCAUGUCCCUUCCACGUCAUGCAUUGCUUCUUCAUAAGCGAGGGUUGAAUCUUCCUGGGUCAUUGGUCACUAUUCAACAAAUGAGAGACUCUCUUGAAAUGGUUGGAGGACGGGACAAGUUGGACCUCAUCGAGGAGGUUGAGGACGCUGAGUUUGCACAGUUAGUGUCAUCGUGGCCGGCCAACUUUGAUGUGUCCCUGGCUCUGAGACUUGGCCUUCGCCAGGCGGAGGGCUUUGACAAGGCGGCUGAGGAAUACGUACAAUUUCUUGAACAAUCCAAAGUCAAAACAUGUUAA